CCACUUGCAUUUCUAAGCCCUCCUAGCUAUCAAGAGAGAUACUAACUAGCAAUCCCUCCACCUCUUCGUCAGAAGAGCGGGGAAGGCUAGCUAGCUAUACAUACGGUCUGUAUACAAAGUACUAUACGGUAUACGUACGUAAGAAGGAAAAAAAAAGGGUAUAUUAUCUCUCAGUCUAUAUACUGUGAAGAAGAAGAAGAAUGGCGGAGAAGGGUUUGAUGGGUUUGUUGCCGCUGGUGGUCAUGGUUCUGGUCCAAGUUGGGUACGCCGGAAUGAACGUCAUAGCCAAGGUGGCCAUGAACGCCGGAAUGCAGCCGCUCGUCCUCGUCGCUUACCGGCAGAUCUUCGCCACCGUCGCUCUCGCACCCUUGGCUUUCUACCUUGAGAGGAAUACCAGGCCAAAAAUCACCAUCCCUCUGCUAGUCAACAUCUUCUGGUGCUCCCUCACUGGAGUGACUGGAAACCAGGUCCUCUACUUCAUUGGACUGCAACUAUCAACCCCGACAAUCGGCUGCGCACUAUCCAACACCCUACCCGCUCUCACCUUCGUCCUCGCUGUCCUCUUCAGGCAGGAGUCGGUGGGGAUCAAGAGGAUUUCUGGACAGGCCAAGGUGAUGGGCACGAUCUGCUGCGUGGGAGGCGCGAUGGUGCUUUCGUUCUACCACGGCCACAUCAUCAAGAUCCCCGAAUCCGGCAUCCACGUCAUCGACAGCGCCGCCGGCGGAGCCGGCGCCAGCAGCAGCGCCGCGAGUACCGCGAUGUCGUUCCUGGGCCCGCUGCUGAUCAUCGGGAGCGCUCUAUCAUGGGCCCUGUGGUUCGUCCUCCAGGCCCGGGUCAGCGAGUCCUUCCCGGCCCCCUACUCCUGCAGCUGGCUGAUGUGCUUCAUGGGCUCGAUCCAGUGCGUCCUCAUCGCCGCUGGGCCCAACCACCACGUGGCCCAGUGGUCCCUCGCCAACCCCGGCGCCCUCUCUGCUGCGCUCUAUUCGGGGGUCGUGUGUUCAGCGCUGGGAUUCUCGCUGACGGCGUGGAGCAUACAGAAGAGGGGCGCGCUGUACGUGUCGGUCUUCACGCCGCUGCUGCUCGUGGUGGUGGCGGUGCUGAGCUGGGCCUUCCUCGGGGAGAAACUGUUCAUGGGGACGCUGAUAGGGUCGGUGUUCAUAAUCGGGGGGCUGUACGCCGUGCUGUGGGGGAAAGAUAUGGAGGAGAAGCUGGUGGCGGUGGCUCCGCUGGGAGAAGUGGAUAAGCACGGAGAUCCUGUGUCGACGAUGGUGUUUAAUAAGGAGGAACAGGACGUGGAGCUGCAGUUGCCGGCGGCGGCGGGUGGUGGUGGUGGUGAUGGCCGUGCAGCAGGGGUGGCCUAAAAGAAAAUAUAUAUGGUUAAAAAAUGAGUUUCAUAACUUGUUGUGGUAGUUUUUGUUUGUCUGUCAAAGUACGUAAUGUUAAGCUAGAGCUGGUUUAAGUCGUCAUGCUCUAGCUAAAAGUUUAAGUUGUUUCUUGUAUCCGGCUAUCUGUUCGUUUUCGUUUCCUUCUUCUGUUUCUUUCGUUUAACAAGUGUAAUCUGCGCUCUGUUUUUGCAAUGAAAAAAUGUGGAGAAUGUGGCCUUUGUUUA